AAGGUUUAUUAUUUUCCUCCCUCCCUUCGAAAUGGACCACGAUACGUACCUAAGGUACCUAAUUACCUACGACCCCGCGAUCCAGCGACGACGAGGUUGUUAUACUCGACGUUUAUUGUUUAUCGUUUAUUCGGCAAUUCAUUAGACAUGGAGUAGCACCAGCAAGUCUUGAAAAAUUCCCUAGGUACCUAGUAACUCUAUUUGAAAAUGUCAUCGUCCUGUAAAUCCUGUAAAUCUAGCCUUCGUCCUCGAAAUGCCACGAACCCCAGCGCAUCGGUUACCAGGUGUCUCGAGAAUCUAUCCCUGGCCCAAGGAAGAGUCUCUUCUUGAACGAAAGAAGAAUCCAAACCUUCCUCGGUUCGAAGUGUCCGAGCUACUCCUCAAUCUCGAUGCCGAGGACAACCCCUAUGUGCGCCCCUUUAAUGAAGAUAUCGAUGGCACAACGAGAACCCCCAAGGAGCAGCGGCAGUAUGAGAUCCGACCCGUCCGGAAACUAGCCGACCGGCUACAGAACCUGUCGAAGAAAUAUGAGCGCCAAUUCGCGGAGACGGCGUCGAGGAAGUUCAGCGCAUGGCGCAUAACUAAUUAUGACAUACUUUCCGUCGCGCUCCGCAACCCGCCCAAGAAGAAACCAAGCCUUUAUGACGAGUACGUUAUGAACAAGAAAAACGUCUUCUUCGACAAGAAUGGGAUACCGUACAACGUGCUCGACAGCCCGUCCAAGACCAUCGCGUACAUGCUCCACCGCCAGAAGAUAGCCAACCGCGUAGAGCCGACCCGCGACGAUCUGAAGAAGUUCCAAGAGGCAAUUGAUUUUUGUAGCCAGUUACACGGGAUGGAAAGGCUUUUCAUGGACGUCAUCCGAACUCCCGUGGGCCGCUGGCUCGUUGCGAAUAGCGCCGACGCUUUCGCGAGGGCGUGUGCGAGAGUGGUCAGGAUAACGCGGCCGGACGCGAUGCUCACGUUUCUUAAUAAUUUGAUAAUGCUUCUCGAGCAAGAGAAGGCGGAAGUUCCGCCCCUGCUGUUGGACUGCGCCAUCACCACGUCGAUGCAGCUCGGCGUCUUCGAGGCGGCUCAGAAAUAUAUGGGAAUGGCUCUUGGCAGGAGUGCGAGCUUAGACAGGGAGCAAGUGGUCACCAUUCUCCAAGUUUUGCACGGAUCAAUAACUCCGCCUACCACGGAUGCUGGGCCGCGUAUCCAAAGAGACCCUACGUAUCCUCUGUUAGCGAUAUACAGCUUGCUAACAGGUCGAGCGAUGGGAGAAAGGGAAAUACAACCGUCGCUGGGAGACUUUAUGAGCGACAGCACCCUAUGGGACGCCUGUCAUAAGCAAUACCUCCUCUGUCUUGCCCGUCUGGGAGCGUUCCGAGCAAUGUGGCAUAUCUGGCUCGCGCACCCCAGGCCUCUAAUCGGGCAGACCUCCAAGGCCGAAGUCUUCGCCGAAGCCAUCAACAAAGCCCUGUCAGUUAACUGCCAUCUUGCCAAAUUGUCGCUAGCGCCUAGCUUUACGCGUGUUGGCCAGACAUACGCCGACCACUACCAGUUCGACAUGAGAGUCAUCCUAGAAUUGACGGAAGUCUUUACGAUGCCACCACAACCCACGAAUGAAGAAUUGCGUGAGGAAAGCGAGCGAUUUCCCCCACUUAGCAGCAGAGACAUCGAGGUGAGCUUUGGGAACGGAGAGAUUGGUCAAUCAAUGCUAUCUCUACAAGGUUUACUAUCUAGUCGGAUUCCGGCUGGCGUCGAUGAUGCGGGUUCUAAACCUACCUAAGGUACCUAACCUAAGGUAGUGAGGAUAUCAAUACAAAGUUAGCUCCAACGCUGGAUAGAACUUAAAACUAGAGACCCAUAAAUCGUUGAUAGAUAGAUCAUUGCGGUAUUACUGCUGGGAUUGUGUAGGUAGCUAAUAUAUUCAUCAAGAUACCUCUCUUGCAGUUUGAGAUAACUUUCCAGCGCAUGAUGAGUAUGACAGGAUGAG